CGCGCCGCCGCCGCUGCCGCCGGGAGGAGGAGGGCCGCUGGGCGGCGCCCGAACCUCCCGGAUCCCACCCGAAAGGAGGCGCCACCGCCGGCGCCACCGCCGCCGCCUCGCCCUCUUCAAGUUGGCACUUUGAAAAUGUCCCUGCCGUUUGCCCGGGAAAGCCGAGGUCGCCGGGGUCCCGCUUCGUGCUGCCUCCGGCCGGGGCUUCCCUUUGCGCCCAAGCCCCGCUAGAGCGCGCCGGAUCCCGGCCUGGGAAAGCCCUUUUCUCCGCGCUGCUCCUGCUCCUGCUCCUGCUCCUCCAUGCCCCGGCGCCAGCCAUGCUUCUCCGGCUCCUGCUGCUUGCCCUGCUCGGCCUGGGCCGGGCGCCGCGGCCGGGAGGCGUCACGACGGGUUGGGGAGCCUCAGAGGCGCGCGGCGCGCACAGGGAUCCGCCGCUCGGAGGCGCCGAGGACGCGGGUGCGGAGGGAGACCCGUGGUGCCCGUACAAGGUGCUGAGCGAAGGCCCCGACGGCGGCGGAGGAGCAUCGGGGAUGCAGGGCGGGCGCCUGUGUUUCCGCAGCCGGGCGCGGGGCUUCCAGUGCGCGCCGCGGAGCUGCAAAGCGCACCGCUCGCCCGGGCGCGCCCUGCUGGCCAACGUGCUUCUCAACGGCAGCGUCCUCCUACAGUGGGGCUGGCCUCCCCUGCUGGCCGAGGGAGAAGACGGCGACGGCGAGGGAGUUGAAGCUCCCGCCUCCUCGGCCGAGGUCGGCCUGCUGCGCGGCUUCUCGCUCUCGUGCUCGUGGGAAGGCGCCUACACGCGUUUCCAGUGCGACCGCGUCCAGCUGGGCGCCGCUUGCCGGGACUACCUGCUGCAGGACGCGCACGGCAGCGUCCGCUACCGCCUCUGCUUGCAGCCCCUCUUCUCCGCCGCUGCCGCCAACGGCACCGAUCCUGAUUCUGCUGCUGCUCCUCCUCCUCCCCGGUGGCCUCCGGAAUGCGUGGAGUUCACCGUGGAGCCGGCCGGCAUGCGGGAGAUCGUGGUCGCCAUGACGGCCGUCGGGGGCUCCAUCUGCGUCAUGCUCGUCUUCAUCUGCCUCCUGGUCGCCUAUCUCACCGAGAACCUCACGCCCCCCGCCGCGCCCGCCGCCAAGAGGGGAAACUGAGGCGGCCACCCAAGGCGGGGGUUAAGCCCCGAGGAGCGUGCAGUGAGACCCUGGCUGCCCUAGGGUGGACGGGGGAAGAGAGCUCCAGCGAGCAACCUUUGAGCGUGCGCAUAAUGGCGAGGACGCACAGCUAUGAUCCCUGCUCCGAAUUACUUUUAUGUAAUUACGGGAGUAAGCCAUAACGGGGUUUAGCAUCGGAAGCCCACCCCCCUUUCAGAUUGGUUUCAAGCCCGAUGGGGGACCUGUGUGUUGAGAUUCUAGCAUUGCAGGGGGUUGGACUAGAUGACUCUUGGGGUGCCUUCCAGUUCUGCAAUUCUAGUAUUCUUUCAGGUUUGCUUGGCUAUAAAGCCCCCCUCCCUGGAUUGCUUUCUGAGUAAGCCUGCCCAGGAGGAAGGGGCUGUGCAGGUGGGAUCCCCAGUCACGUUUACUUGGGAGAAAGUCUGGACUUCAACUGGCAAGUAGAUCCAGUUGCAGAUUAAGGGUGCAAAGGGUCUUGGCCUGAUUGGGGAAGCACUUCUUUUCAAAAUCCUUUUAGCUCAGUUAAAAGGGUGCCUUCUUUGGAUUAAUGCCACACACACACACACAUAUAUAUUUAUGCAAAUUUAAUUGGCCGACCAUUUAAUCAAUGAAAACUCAUAGGAUGAAUCGACUAGGGGCCCUUCUAGAUUACCUGUUUAUGUUGCAUUCAUCCUGAUUUGUUUGCAGGGUGGUUAGACAAUGCCUCAAAGGAAAUGUUGCCUUCCAGUGUGUUUUCACUGUUACUUUCCUUAUUGCAAAAAAAACUCCAGUCUUUGGGGGAAGCAGGUUUGCUGCGCAAGACCUCCCCACUAUAAUUGACCAGGCAGUAGGUAGCUCAGUGGUAGAGCAUCUGCUUUGCAUGCAGAAGGUCCCAGGUUCAAUCCCUGAUGUCUCC